AUGUCAAUGGCUACAUACACGGGCUCUGACUACCACCCUCCCGAACUCGACUAUCACCCUUCCCAGCCUGAAUACCACCCUCCCCAGCUCGACUACCACCCUCCCCAACUUGACUAUCACCCUUCCCAGCCUGAAUACCACCCUCCCCAGCUCGACUACCACCCUCCCCAACUUGACUAUCACCCUUCCCAGCCUGAAUACCACCCUCCCCAGCUCGACUACCACCCUCCCCAACUUGACUAUCACCCUUCCCAGCCUGAAUACCACCCUCCCCAGCUCAACUACCACCCUCCCCAGCUUGACUACCACCCC